UCUAGGCUUCAGUCCAGCAUCAUCACAGGAUGGCUGAUGAUAAUAUCAGCGCAGAAUGCAACAUCAGGGUGUUGUGUCGUUUCAGACCCCUGAAUCAGUCCGAAACCCACCGUGGAGACAAAUACAUCCCCACAUUUCAAGGAGAUGACACUGUUAUCAUCGGGGGCAAGCCGUAUGUGUUUGAUAAAGUCUUUCCGACGAACUGCACGCAGGAGCAGGUGUACAACACCUGUGCCAAACAGAUCGUCAAAGAUGUUCUGGACGGCUACAACGGCACCAUCUUUGCAUACGGACAAACAUCAUCUGGUAAAACCUACACAAUGGAGGGAAAACUGCAUGAUCCUAACGGAAGGGGAAUCAUCCCGAGGAUUGCCGAAGACAUUUUUAACCACAUUUACAUCAUGGAUGAAAACCUGGAGUUCCACAUUAAGGUUUCCUACUUUGAAAUCUACAUGGAUAAGAUUCGUGACCUACUUGACGUGAGUAAGACAAACCUGUCUGUGCAUGAAGACAAGAACCGAGUUCCCUAUGUGAAGGGUUGUACUGAACGUUUUGUUUCCAGCCCUGAUGAAGUGAUGGAUGUUAUUGACGAGGGAAAAGCCAACCGUCACGUCGCUGUCACAAAUAUGAAUGAACACAGUUCCAGGAGUCACAGCAUAUUCCUCAUCAGCAUCAAACAGGAGCACGUGGAGACGGAGCAGAAACUCUGUGGGAAACUCUACCUGGUGGAUCUGGCCGGCAGCGAGAAGGUGAGUAAGACGGGAGCGGAGGGAUCGGUCCUGGAUGAAGCCAAGAACAUCAACAAGUCUCUGUCAGCGCUGGGAAACGUCAUCUCAGCUCUGGCCGAAGGCACCAAGACUCAUGUGCCGUACCGGGACAGUAAGAUGACGCGGAUCCUUCAGGAUUCUCUGGGCGGAAACUGCAGAACCACCAUGUUCAUCUGCUGCUCACCUUCAGCCUUCAACGACGCCGAGACCAAAUCCACCCUGAUGUUCGGACAACGCGCAAAGACCAUCAGGAACACGGCGUCGGUGAACCUGGAGCUGACAGCAGAACAGUGGAAGAGGAAAUAUGAGAAAGAGAAGGAGAAGAACAAGAACCUGAAGGAGAACAUCCAGAGGCUGGAGGCGGAGCUUAACCGCGGGCGUGACGGGGAGUGUGUGUCAGCGCUGGAUCUCAUGGCUGAGGAGUCUGAUGUCAGUGAAGACAACCAGAGCAUCAGUGUGUGUGUGUUAAUCCCAGAGGAACACAAGCUCAAAUAUGAGGAAGAGAUAAGCAAACUCUACAAACAACUGGACGACAAGGAUGAUGAGAUUAAUUUACAGUGUCAGCUGGUGGAAAAACUGAAGGAGCAAAUGCUGGAUCAAGAAGAGCUGCUGGCCUCGUCGCGCGGGGACCGUGAGCGUGUGCAGUGUGAGUUGACCCGACUGCAGGCUGAGAGUGAGAGUGCGAAGGCCGAGGUGAAGGAGGUUCUGCAGGCGCUGGAGGAACUCGCUCUGAACUACGACAUGAAGAGUCAGGAGAACGAAGACACGAGCGCUCAGAACCGACGACUGACCGAGGAGCUGUCGCACAAAACCUCGGAUCUCAUGUGUUUGGAGGCGGAGUUUUCCCGGCUACAGGAAGUGAACGCCCAGCACAGGAAACGCAUCACUGAGGUGAUGAACACCCUCAUGAAGGAUCUCAACGACUUCAGCUCCAUACUGGGAGACGGUGACCUCAGACUGCCGCGUGACGUGUCGUGUGUGUUGGAGGAGGAGUACGCCGUGGUUCGAGUGUUUGUGAGUAAAGUGAAGUCUGAGCUGAAGUCUGUGGUGAAACGCUGCCGAAACCUGGAGAACUUACAGUCCGACUGUCACCGCAAGCUGGAGGAGACCGAGAGAGAGCUGUGCUCCUGUCAACUGCUCAUAUCACAGCACGAAGCGAAGAUCCGCUCUCUGACUGAAUACAUGCAGAAUGUGGAACUCAAGAAAAGACAACUAGAAGAAAACUACGACUGUCUGAGCGAAGAGCUCGCUAAACUACAGACCGCAGGUACACACACACACACACACACACACACACUCAGAGACCGAGAGAGAGCUGUUUCUCAGAAAGCAGAGGUUCAGCGUGAGCCGAAACACAAGACGCUCGGACGCCUGCGCGACGACAUCAACCACAAACAGAAGAUCAUCGACGAGCUCAAAGAUGAUAAUCAGAGGCUGAACCUGCGUCUGGAUCAGAUGAGUGUCGAGUUCAGCGUUUUGAAGAACCGAGAGCGAGAGAAAUCCAGACAGCUGGAGGAGCUCAGAUAUCUUCAUGAACGACAGGAGCAAACCAAGCAGGACAUGAAGGGUUUGGAGGAGACGGUUGCUCGUGAACUGCAGACUCUCCACAAUCUGAGGAAGCUGUUCGUUCAAGAUCUCACGGCUCGAGUGAAACGGAGCUCUGAGUUGGAUUCGGAUGAAAGCUGCGGAUGUUCAACACAGAAACAGAAGAUCUCCUUUCUUGAGAACAACCUGGAUCAGCUUACGAAAGUUCACAAACAGCUGGUCGGGGAUAACGCAGAUCUGCGCUGUGAGCUCCCGAAGCUGGAGAAGCGUCUGCGCUCGACGGCUGAGCGUGUUCGAGCGCUGGAGAACGCUCUGACCGAAGCGAAGGAAGGAGCGAUGAUGGACCGGCGCCGGUACCAGCAGGAGGUCGAGCGCAUCAGAGACGUCAUGAGGCUCAGGAACCCGUUCAGGAGAACUCACGCUGCGCUCAUCGCCAAGCCGAUUCGCCCAGGACAUUAUCCCGCCUCCUCACCUGCCAAUCACAUGUUCACGCGCAGCAGAGAUCAGCCAAUCACGUUCAGCAAUGCGAUGUUCAACAGCGCCAGUGAAAAACCCAAAUCAACAGAGUCCAGUUUGACCAACAAGACGCAGUCAGCGAACGACACACACACGGACUCCACACACACACUGAACGGAAAUGGCAGAGAUGUGAAUGAUAACAGCGCUCGCUCUACGUCUGUCACUGCUGACCAAUCAGAGGAACGCAUUCGUCAAGAGAAGCCCAUCGCCAGCUAAACACACACACACACACACACACACAGGCGACCUGUACUUCUGAAUUUUCUUCUCUGUAUAUUUAUAUAUGCAUGUUGCCUGCAGUUCCAGUGAUCACACACACACGUCACACACACACACACACACACACACGUCGAGCU